AUUUCGUCUCUGGACGCGAGCAGGACUGGAACCUCAGACCGAGAACUGAACUUUUACAGUGCAAACUGGACUAUGGCAUUGUUUUUUGACCAAUCGUUCGAUUUAGUUCAAAAAAUAACCGUGGACACCGAAAGAGAUUUUAUUUUCAACACAAGCAUGGUCCAGUUUACAGAUGUAACAACCAAGCAUACGCUGUCUUCUCCUGAACUCGAAAGAACUUACAGUGCUGAUGGGCAGAGAAAAAGGAAGAGGACGAUUUUUAGCCGCGCGCAAUUGUCAGAAUUGGAGCGCGCGUUCAUGAUUACGCCGUAUCCAGACAUCACUCUGCGCGAAAGACUGGCUGCGCUCACACUGCUUCCAGAGAGCAAAAUUCAGGUGUGGUUCCAGAACAGACGGGCUCGCAGUAUGAAAAGCAAGAAGCUGACCACACCAGUAAGGAGAAGUCUAGGCGGGGAAAUGAGCUCUGGAUGUAUACCUGUCACUACCUUUCAACCAACCAGUCUUGAUUUAAACCCAGAACUGAAUUCUGGCGUCCAAGAACAAAGAGAGAGGGCAACAGAGGUCAACAGAGGCCCGGGUCACCAUCAGCAAAGCCUUAGACAAGCUCUGAGUCCCUGGUCUCAAAAUCUCCCGCACCCAACACCACCCCAACCCUCUAUCUCCCCAGACCUGCCUGGAGUCCUACACUGGGGGAAUAGACACUCGGAAACAACCGGAGUGUCAUCUUUCUCCAAUUGUCCAUCAGACAGAUUGGCUCAAUAUCCGUUCCAAAACCAGUCGAACAGUCUCUGGCAGAACCACUGCUUCACAGCUCACCCUGAAGGGUUCUCUGGACACCAGCUGAAACCAUACUGUCCCGCCAAUCAGGCCAUGUAUUCCUCCAUGUCUGUGGACCAAGUGAUUCCCACGCAUCAAACCAGUUUAGAUGGAGCACUUCCGAGACAGGCUUUGACACACUAUCCUCAGACCUCACUGGGAGAUAUUUCUGACCUCAUAUAUAAAGCAGCCGUAGUCACCAAUCUGGAAGACUGUUAA